AUGUUGCGGAUUCAAACGGGUUGGUAUGCCGCCUGGACGUCAGAGAAGAACUUCCUGAUGGACAUAAUAGGUCAAUUGAGUUGCGGUCGAGGUAGGCGAGGAGGUUACGGAGGUGGCGGUUACGGAGGUGGCAUGAUGCCCUCUAUGCCUAGACCCAUAUACAUUCAGCCUUAUCCAGCAGCCAUGCCAUACGGGGGCGGCGGCGGCUACGGAGGUUACGGAGAAAUGCCUGCGGCAGCUCCAGCUGCAGCCGGUGCCGUGGAAGAGUACGCGAAGAAGACGAAACGAGAUACAAACAUGAUCAGCCGAUUGCAGAAAUUUCUGAACUUGUAA